AUGGACGACGACACAGCUGCGGCCAUGGCGGCCGCCAUGGGAUUCUCCUCGUUUGGCGCGCAGAACCCCCAGAGCAAAAAGCGCAAAUACAACCCCAACAACGACGCCGUCGUUUCGAUCGACCACGACGAGCGUCACGGCACCGGCGCAAAUUCUGCGCCUGUCGGAGAGCGUCGCGCCCCACCUGCCAACGCGGACGAGAUUGCCUUGGACGACGAAGACGACGGCGCAAACGCUGACGAUGGCGCCGCCGCGCCAGGAGCAGUGGCAAGUGCUCCUGAAGAUGCUGCUGCGGACCUGCCGCAUGGAAUCGGUGCUGGCGUAGCUGGGUUGCCUCAGCGCCCGGCCCCUGCCCAAGGUGGCUUUGCUGGCAAUCGGCACCCGCGGGGUGGUGCAUCGCGACAAGCCUCAGGCGACCAUCAUGGUACGAACAAGCUGUGGUACGUGGACUACUACGACCACUUUUCGAAUGAGAACCCUUGGGCGAAACUUGAAGAGGCCGCAGGCUUGCAACCGAUUUCGACAUGGGUCCUUGUACACGUCAACAGGGACGAGGGUCACCGGACGCAAGCCGUCUGA